CCUCUACCAUGGAGACAGGGGCGCACCCAGCCAGCAAUGAGGCGUCCGGCGACACGAACUGGGUCUAGCUGCGCGGUUCUCAACACCACUGCCGGCUCCUUUUCGCCGACGCGGCUGUAUCUCCUCGCGUGCCUGCCACCGACGCAUGAGUGCUGCGUCAUUGGCACCACCGUGUCCGCUUGCACAUACAAAGCCACGAUGGCAUUCUCAAAUCUCACCCAUGGCCUUUUGCUUGCCCCGUGCAUGCCCUGAAAUUGCCCGCCUCGCGCAAGGUGGCAGCAUACGACCGCCCAGGCUCUGCAUCUAACCCGCAGUACCGACGCCUGCAGCUUUACCGCAUGGAACAUUCUCAGCAUAGGCACCGCUCCGCUGAGACUGGCCGCAAUGAUGGACGCUGCUCUGCAAUCCGGGAGAGACAGAGCAUUCCUCUUCCAGGAUGGACUGGACGACUUUUGUUAUGACGCGCUCGACGGGUGGCGGAAGGACCCCUCGCUAUACGAGGACUUGCAGCCGGUGCCGGCGGUAUGGUCCUCGUUCGACGUGGGAGGUGGCGUGAACGUGAGUGCUGAUGAAAAACAACGGCUGGAGCCAAUUGCACGCGCCGUAGGACCAGCUACAUACAGCCAUUUGAAAUCUCAAGCAACAUCUCCGACCAUCACUACCACUUCACCUAAUACAGCCAAUAUCUACCAAGUCGUAGCCAGCCACAUAUGUGACGACAGCUUCGCCUCGUUUGGACUGCAAACAUGCGCCGACGUCGCUUCGCCAGAAUUAUGUUUCCAGUGCAUCAGCCAUUCAUAUACGGCUUUAGGCCAACAGAGCCAGCAUACAAUUCAUGAUAGACGCGAGAUUUCAAGUCAACCACCGACGCAACCUUCGGUAUCGACAAGGCCUUCCUUUGAGCAGCAUCAAUUAUCCUACCUCCAUAUGUAUUCCACGCCAUCUUCACCAUCUAUUGCCAUGCCACCUGUGAGCUCCCCUUCAGACGGAGACCAUAAAUAUGCGCAGCCUAGGUCGUUCAAUGCUUCAAUCCGGUCCUCGCGGUCCAACGUCUUCUCAAGUGAUCAGCUCACAUACAUGCCGGAAAACGUGCCAGCGACAGAAAGGGUUCCGACGUCAAGUACUAGUCGUGCAUCUUUCUCAACUGAGAAGCCACCAGGCCUACCAAAUAUAUUCGAAAACGCCAUCUUCUCCGCUAGAGCGGCAAGCAGUACCCCGUCGGAAGUGCAAUCAUCAUCCUUUUCAGCCGCCACACCCUCAACGGUAGCCUCGCCAGGAGCUCAACCCCCUGCUAAAGCGAAAAGGAAACGAGACGAUUACAAUUUGGACAAUAAAUGCUCGGAAGUUGCUUUCAAGGACAAGUCAGGAGCCGUCGCAGCCUACACUCAAGUGUUUGGCACGGCUAGAAACCUGCGACAGGCAUACAGCGAGGGCCAGCGCAAAGAGAUCGCGCGCACCCGCAAGCUUGGGGCGUGUGACAGGUGCAAGCGAUUCAAAAUGAAGGUGAGUGGUGAAACCAGACCUCCUUAGUAUCUUCUCCCUACAGAUGAUGCGCCAGUCUCUACCAAUAGGUCGUAUCAUUUUGUUAAAGCACUAGCCGAGAGGAUUAGACAGCAUUGAUCCGGAUUUUAUUUUGAACUUCAUAG